CUGCGGGCAGCUGGAGUGGGCUCACCUGCGGCAGGUGCUCCGGCAGGUGCUCCGGGCCGACGCGACCUGGACGAGCGACGACCGGCACUGCGGGAAGAUGCUGCGCGAGCGGACCGUGCGGCUACAGUACGGGAGCCGGGUGGAGGCGGUGUACGUGCUGGGCACUUACCUCUGGACCGAUGUCUACAGCGCGGCCCCCGCCGAGGCCCGGACCUUCAGCCUGAAGCACUCCGAGCGCGUGCGCGUGGAGGUGGUGCGCGACGGGCAGGCCGAGGAGGUGGCCACCAACGGCAAACAGCGCUGGCUCCUGUCGCCCAGCACCACGCUGCGGGUCACCAUGAGCCAGGCGAGCGCUGAGGCCAGCAGUGACAAGGUCACUGUCAACUACUAUGAGGAGGAGGGGACUAUGCCCAUUGACCAGGCUGGGCUCUUCCUCACAGCCAUCGAGAUCUCCCUGGAUGUGGAUGCAGACCGGGACGGCGUGGUGGAGAAGAACAACCCGGGAAAGGCAUCCUGGACCUGGGGCCCUGAGGGCCAGGGGGCCAUCCUGCUGGUGAACUGUGACCGAGACGCGCCCUGGCUGCCCAAGGAGGACUUGAACGAUGAGAAGGUCUACACCAAGGAAGACCUCAAGGACAUGUCCCAGAUGAUCCUGAGGACCAAAGGCCCUGAGCGCCUCCCCGCCGGAUACGAGAUAGUUCUCUACAUUUCCAUGGCGGACUCGGACAAAGUGGGCGUGUUCUACGUGGAGAACCCAUUUUUCGGCCAACGUUACAUCCACAUCCUGGGCCGGCGGAAGCUCUACCACGUGGUCAAGUACACGGGCGGCUCGGCGGAGCUGCUGUUCUUUGUGGAAGGCCUGCGCUUCCCCGACGAGGGCUUCCCGGGCCUGGUCUCCAUCCACGUCAGCCUGCUGGAGUACAUGGCCGAGAAGAUUCCCCUGACGCCCAUCUUCACGGACACCGUGAUAUUCCGGAUUGCUCCGUGGAUCAUGACCCCCAACAUCUUGCCUCCCGUGUCGGUGUUCGUGUGCUGCAUGAAGGACAAUUAUUUGUUCCUGAAAGAGGUGAAGAACCUGGUUGAGAAAACCAACUGCGAACUGAAGGUCUGCUUCCAGUAUAUCAACCGAGGGGACCGCUGGAUCCAGGAUGAAGUUGAGUUUGGCUACAUAGAGGCCCCCCACAAAGGCUUCCCCGUGGUAUUGGACUCCCCCCGAGAUGGAAACCUGAAGGACUUCCCAGUGAAGCAGCUUCUGGGCCCAGAUUUCGGCUACGUGACCCGGGAGCCCCUCUUCGAGCCUGUCACCAGCCUUGAUUCCUUUGGGAACCUGGAGGUCAGUCCACCAGUGACUGUGAACGGCAAGGCCUACCCCCUGGGCCGGAUUCUCAUCGGGAGCAGCUUUCCUCUGUCCGGCGGUCGGAGGAUGACCAAGGUGGUGCGGGACUUCCUGCAGGCCCAGCAGGUGCAGGCGCCCGUGGAACUCUACUCGGACUGGCUGACCGUGGGCCACGUGGACGAGUUCAUGACCUUCGUCCCCAUCCCGGGCAAAAAGGAAUUCCGAAUGCUAAUGGCCAGUACCGCAGCCUGCUACAAGCUCUUUCGAGAGAAGCAGAAGGAGGGCCAUGGGGAGGCCAUCAUGUUCAAAGGCCUGGGCGGCAUGAGCAGCAAGCGAAUCACCAUCAACAAGAUUCUAUCCAAUGAGAGCCUCGUGCAAGAAAACCUGUACUUCCAGCGUUGCCUGGACUGGAACCGUGACAUCCUCAAGAAGGAGCUGGGGCUGACGGAGCAGGACAUCAUCGAUCUGCCCGCCCUGUUCAAGAUGGACGAAGGCCACCAGGCCAGAGCUUUCUUCCCAAACAUGGUGAACAUGAUUGUGCUGGACAAGGACCUGGGCAUCCCUAAGCCGUUCGGGCCCCAGGUGGAGGAGGUAUGCUGCCUGGAGACGCACGUGCGCUCCCUGCUGGAGCCCCUGGGCCUCUGCUGCACCUUCGUGGACGACAUCUCGGCCUACCACAAGUUUCUGGGGGAGGUGCACUGUGGCACCAACGUCCGCAGGAAGCCCUUCUCCUUCAAGUGGUGGCACAUGGUGCCCUGAGCGGCCGGGGCGGGGGCUGUGCUGUGCGGGUCUCAGCCCGUCAGUAACCAAGAUUGUGGUGGGACCAGCCCUCGUGGUUCUUAUGAUUGCAAGAUGUUCUUCAGCAAUAACGAUCAGGAAACUUUGAGGGGGGCGGGGGUGGAGAAAAGGAUGAUUAUUUCCAGGACCUGGAAAUUGCAUGGCACAACUGGGGCCACACAGCCAAGUCGCAGGGAGAGAGAGACAGCCCAAGCCUGGGGUUCUGCUUUUUGGGCAGUGGAGGGUCGGGGCCGGGGGUUUUGCAGCAUCGGCAGGGAGUGGGGGAUGAGGAAAAUCGAGGGGCUCAAAUGGUCAGCUUUAGAAACCAGCCAAGAUUUCUAAAACGAAGGAGCCUGGGGCAAGAGGAAGCCUGGUGUUUUAUCUAGUCCUGUGGCUGGCAACAAACAUGCUUAUUGGAGAUGGCUUUCUUUGAAGCGGUUACCUCCCAAUCAAAGCCCAAGUCAGGCACUUGCAUUACCAAAAAGAGAAAACACACACAGCCGGGGCCUUGGCACCUCCCUCCUUCCUUCUCUAGACCCCUGGAACCGCCCCCCAAAGCUUCCCCCUGCCUGCCGAGGACUUGACAAGGACCGGACUGUCCCCACCAGGCCUCCAGGAAAGGGGAAGGGACCUGGGACAUCUGUGCCUUGCCAUCUCUCAGAAGGGCCCCAGCGUCCACCAAAGUCACCCCCGAUGAACCUCAACUUGAUACUUCCUGAAAAGAGCUGUGCCUUUGGCCAGCCUCUGUAUAGCCCUGACACGAAAAACCAAGAAACAAAAACUCUGUACCCAAACCAUUCCCCAAAGAGUGCUUAGUCUCUUGUCCAAAAUUGAAGGAGGGGAGAAGGG